CUUCACCAUAGUCAGUUACCAAGAGCGAUCCCCGUAUGUAAUAUGGCGUCGUAAUGUUAGAAUUUUGAAGGAACCGAUUCGCUGGCUGGUUUUCUGCUGGAUAUCCUGAACCUACUCCUCCCUGAGACGUUUCCCUCCUAGUAUUGCAUUAAUGGUAAUGCAUGCAAGGAAACUACCACGUAUUAGCGAUGGGUUCAUCGAGAAGCACCAGGCCCACAGCUACGAGAAUUCUAAAUACAGCAGUAAGUACCGGUACAGUAACCAUGAGAAGAGUAGGGACUCACCCUCGACAAACUCUCUGCGAUCCUCGUCACCAGACUCAAGGUCACAAUCUCCACGCUACCAUAAAGCAAGCUACUACAAGGUGCGUGAGAAGGAGCGGGAGAGAGACCGUGAGAACAGAGACCGUGAGAGAGACCGGGAAAGAGAUCGAGACCGCGACAGAGAACGGGAGCGGGACCGUGAGCGGGAGAGGGAUCGGGACCGGGACUAUCACUACAGGGACAGAGGUAAAGAUGACAGUAGGUCGCCUAAAGACCGCCGGAGAGAGGUACGAGACCGUGACAGGGACCGAGAACGUGACAGGGACAGCCGUGGGAAUCAUGACCGCAUUAAUUCUGUUCACAAGAAAGAAGAGAAGGAACGUCUGGCGAGGGUGGGGGACUGGUCGGAGCAUGUGAGUUCCUCGGGGAAGAAGUACUAUUAUAACUGCCGUACGGAGGUUUCUCAGUGGGAAAAGCCCCCAGAGUGGCUGGAAUGGGAGCGAACACGUGCCAAGGAAACCUCCAACAGGUCACAUGACAAGAGUUCAACUAGGCAAGAUAAACAUUCCAAUAUGGGAGAGAGUUACCGGGAAGGACGGGACAUCAGGGACGGUGAACGGGACAGAAAUGAUCGUGAUAGGAGAGAAAUGUAUCGAAGUGAUGACAUGUAUGAUAGAAGAGACUCCAGAAAAUACGGUCAAGAAGUUGGUGCAGCAGAUAUGGAAAUUUCUUCGGGUGAUAGCACUCCCACGUCAGAACACCUCCACACCAGGGGCAGUGGAGAGAACAGCCACGACGUUAGCGGGGCCAACGUGUCAUUAGCGCCAUCGGGUCUGGCGUCCUCAUCGGGCACGACUGUUACGUCCACCCACGCGGGCUCAACAACAACACUUAUACAAAGUGGUUUGAGACCUAAGCUCGGAACAAGUUUAGGGUUGAUGCCCACCUCCUUACCCUCGUCCUUACCCCCGUUAUGUAGUAGUGCGUUGUCAUCGAGCUCAGGCACCAACACCACAACCACCUCCACUUUAGCCAGCAGCAUCCCUGCCUUGGGCGGCUCCACGUCCAUGGCGGUGCCGCAGCUCCUAAACCUCCAUCCCCGCCUCUUGACACUCUCGAAUUCGUUGAGCAAGAGUGGAAUAGACUUGGAUACAGCAAAGACUGUCAACUCUAACAACUCUCAUUCACAUGAUGGAGAAGGACUAGUAGUGAAAUCACAAUUAGAACCACUAACAAUAUCUGCAAAUAGUAAUAAUAUAGGUGGGGGUCCCCCAACACCAACACAUUCUGAAAACCAAGACGGCAUCGACAUUAGAAAAGUUUCUUGCCAUGAGCAUAACUCUGCACCAGAUGGCCUCACAUUGAUCCAAUUUUUCACUGCAGGGGUCGCAAGGAUAGCUAGACCAAUCACAGCGCGCGGCGGAAGGGGUGCGUGGGUGGCAAGGAUACGUGGCCCAAUCACAGUCCGCGACGUCACCGGCACAAGUCUGACGUCAGCGCCCAGCACCUUGCCCUGCCGCUUGCCGCUGGGUAGCCCAAACAGCAGUAUUAAUUCACUGCAGUCGUUGACACAGACAGCAGGAGGAUCGUUAGCAGGACUACGGCCGUUGGUACCUGCCCUCACCCCUAGCCUCGCUAAUUAUUAUAAUGAAUCCCUUAUUUCACACGUACAAAAUUGGCCAGCUGAGGCCCUUGAAAAGCCGGCACAGAGACUGUCAGAGGAAGCUCAUUCUGUUGGGAGUCUGGUGAUGACGCGGGUAUCUGCCGAGCUCAAGAUGGCACGUUCCCUUGUACGUCUGGCAGAGAUACAGGCCACACUCCAUGAACAAAGGAUACUUUUUCUACGUGCUCAGAAGAGAGAACUUGAAGAAAUGAAGGCGCAGAAUUCCUUCAUGAGUGACACAUAGUGUUGGCCUGCCUGUGAUAGCUGCCUGGGACAGUUGUCUGGACAUAGACAUGCCUGGGAAUAUUUAUAAAGUGUUAUAUUUUCUUAAUCAUGUUCUGGAUGUGUGAACAUUGGUGAAGUCCAAAGUGUAGGGUGUGGCAGUGUGGUGAGGCCCUAAUUCUGGGCCCUCGUGGACUGUGGGCAACUUGCAGCAGUACCGUGAUGACCACAACAACCGGUGCAGGGUACACGCUGCCACAGGCCUUGGUGGCUGCCGGCUCCGCGCAGGAUUCACCCGCUACCUGCCGUCCUGUGUCUGGACUGGCCUGCCCUUGGCUACCCUCCACCGAUGUCCCCAAUGUCAUCUAUGUUUCUCUGUGAUGAAUGACACAACUAGACACCUCCAAAGGCUGAGCCUUUACUGAACAGCUCUGCCAUGUCACAAUGUAAUACCUGCUAUGCCAGAGGCUGGCACUGUAUCACACUCCCUGGGGUCUUGAGGUUCACCCCUUUGAGCAACAUCUGUCCUGUUCCCUUCGUCACACACUCUGUGUUCCUUCUCUGCUGGCUGGCUGACUCGUCAAGCCCACAUGGAUACCUGGAAGUCUUGGCAGAGCUCUCCAGCCAUUAGGUUUGAAAAAUUGUUGUAUUUAUUGCUUUACACAUUUCACAACAGUACACUUGUGAACCACUCCUCUGACCAGCUUAUUGCUACUGGAAGGAAAUGGCCAAAUAAUGUUACCAACUGUAUUUUACUCUCAGGAAUAAGUUGGUGGAGUCAUUUUGGUGUUUCUGAUUCAGUAGUUGUGGUACACAUUUCAUUGCCUAUUUGCUAUCAGUAGAUACUGGAGAGCAUAGUUGAAUUUCUUUACUGCUUUCCGUAAUCAGUUAUCCAAGUGUAAGUCCUGUGAAUGUGUGUUUUGUGUUCUUGGUGACUGUCAUUUGGUCCCCAGGGUUGGAUUUGAGGCAGUGUCUCAGAGCAUUUCCAUGCUAACAAAUUAAUGUUAUUUAAGUCAUUGUUUUGCUGGCCAAUCUGCAUCUCAGUCAUUAUAGUUCCAACUGGGCUGUGAAAAGUUUAUUUGUCAUGUUCUUAACCAGUUGUUGAUAUUUAUGCUUCAGAAGUAAUGUGUUGAAAUAUUGACUUUAUAGGUAAAAAACUACAGGUUAAUGAACAUUUAGUUAAAAGUUCAUGGUCAUGUCGAGGGUUUGGAGGCCAUAAAAUGACAGAAAGCAACCUCUCUUCUUUUUCUUUUUAAUUUUUUCUGUCUUUCUGACACCACUUGACCUCUUAAGUUCUUUGUGGUUUUUUUUAUUUUUUAUUAUUAUUAUUGUGGCAUACAUUUUAAAGACAUAAGGCUGCCAUUAGCUAGGGUAACCUGACUGUCGAACUCAUCAUGCAGUUUAUGAUUACGUGAUUAUAGUGGAAUCAAUAACUUAUUAAUUUGAUGUAACAUUUAUGUAUUCAUCCUCUAAUUGUCGAACGCGACGUUUCUCCAAGCCUACGAGAACACGGUCAGCGUCGGACACGAUGGUCAGUCUAUUGGGAGGCUUCAGCCACCUCAGUUGUUCCUCAAAAAAUAUAAACCUCAAAAAACUAAGGGCCAAAGUUUUUUUAAGCAUGGAAAUAAUUGUAAAGUAUUGUCCACAUUUUGUAUUUGGAAUACACAAGUUUUUCAUAGUUUUGUGGCUGCCUUUAAAGUUUUAUAGAAGUGUGGUAGUAGUGCAUGAUUCAGCUGGUGGGAGGUACUGUACUGUACUGAUGAAAGAGCUUAUCAUUAUCAUCAUCAUUGGCUAGAUAUCUGACCCUUUCUAUAACCAAAAAAGUCAAAAAGGAAAAAAAAAAGAUUCUAAUUGGUUUGCAAAAAUUGUGGUUGAAGAAAAUCGGUGUUUCACCAUCGGUAGAUUACCGAGUUAAUUAUGGUGCUAAGUCAUGAUGGUUUUGGGUGUGUUCAGUGAACGCUGUGGUGUAGUGAGCAGUUCAAGGCAAAAGUUUGUCAUUUCACGUUUUUAUCAAUUUUUUUGUGCUUUGACAAAGUAUCUAGUCUGAAAAAUAUAUUAAAGAGUUUGUUUGCAUCUGUCAUCACAGUUAUGUCAGUGUGUACACAGGCGUCACAGUCACGAGGUGCUUGGAGGUACAUGUAUGCACGAUGGGUGAGUUAUAAAGUAGUCAAGAUGGCACAGUUGUCACAUGUGCUCAGUAUAUCCAUGUCCAGAUCUUUGAAAUUAACCCUACAGGAAAUGACCAUAUGAUAAAAGUGCCAAAAAUAUACGACUAAUUCAUCUGAUUUGCAUUUAUGUACUUACGGGUCUUUUUAGUGUGCUGGUACGUUCUGUGGGGAGACAGAUUUUGAACCAUGUCCGGCCGCGACUUUUAUUUGCACCACGUAAUUUUACGCAAAAAUUAGAGAAUUGUAAGGUUUCAGUUAUCAAUGGAAUUUAUUAUUUUUAAGGACAAAUGUGUUUUUCCUCUACGGCCGAACUUGAUUCAAAAGUUGCUCUCGGUGUUGUCACAAAAUUGAUUUGGAAGAUAAGUACUUGUUGGUGGUUGACAAGAGCAGCAGCUAUCACAUACUACGGAUAUUAUAACACUAGUAUAAUUGCAUUCCAUUUUCUACGUGAAUCUUACGGACAUCAUAAUUAUAUUUACUGUAUUAAACCUCAAGUGUUGCUUCCCUAAUUUUUAUUUAUUUAUUUUUAUUUUAUUUUAUUUAUUUUUUUUUUUUUUUCUCAGAUUUGCCAAGUAUGCCUUUUAUCUGUUACGCCCUGUGUACCAUUUCUUGUCAUCCUAUAUGUUUUCUUACGAACUCCAGUAAAAUGAAGAGGAAUUGGGAUAUGUUUGUUUUUAACCCACACUGUUCAGUAUUGAUCUCUUGUUGGCAUACAAGUUCCUGUGAUUCUCCCGAGAUGCUCACAAUUAAUUAUUUUUCCUCAGCAGGUAAAUUUAGACUCUAGAGACUUUCUGUUCCCAGUAAAAACCUCUUUAUUACCUCACCAGUUAUUUACACCCUGUUGGGUUUCCUCUGCUGAGUUAUAACCAAUGUUUGCUUGGUUCCAUGUCCCAUCAUCAUCAUGUGUCUCCACCCACCCCCCCCCUGACCCUGUGGCUGCAAUCUGUAUGUAUUAACAUGUCUGACACUGUUUCACUGAGGUUUUCAUACUCCAAUUAAUUUGGGGGAAUGAAAUUAACUGAAUUUCAUAAACUUGUUGGCUGUUUCUAAGUCUACUGCACCAACUUAGGGCAGGCUGGGGAUCAUACACGGCUCACAGCAGAGUUAACGAGGCUACGGAUUAUUUAUAUAUAAAGCAAAGCUGGAGCGGCCACCCUAGACGGCCCGUAUUCUCAUGCGUGUACAUAAUACAUUCUAACACAGACGUACUCAGUAGGUUUUGUACAAAAUAAGGGGGGGCUAACAUUCUUCUUGUGAUAAAUUGUAGGAUUAUUUCUGCUCUGUACCCGUUGCCCUGCUGAACUGUGUGACCCAUUCUUGCCUAAUGUGUUCACCACCUCGUCAGUUAUUCAAAACUUUUCCAUGUUUUAUCUUCUCAUUUUUUUUCUAUAUCAGAUCUAGUUCAUUUGUACACACUCAAAAACAUUUUUACUUUUUAUGACGUUAUUGAGUACGAUGUGAGAUAGAUUCUAACUUGGAUCAGUAAAAGAUAAAGAGGCUCAUGUUUGAAACACGAGGGAAGCGUUAUAGGACAUAUUUGUUGAGAUAAUUUGAUGUGCUGAAUGGCCUCCAGCUUGGCUGUGAUGACAGUGGUGUCUGUUCGUUGCCCAGCUGGUGACCAAGCUGACUUAUAGGACCUAGAGAAUCAGAUGUUUACAGGACACAGAUUCACUAUUUGUGUUGGUCUCCCCUUUUACAACACUUGCUUAGGCCAAUUAGCCUAAUUUUGUAAAUAUCAUUCCUUCUCAGAAAGGUUAAAUAAAGCUGAGCUCCA